AUGUGGGCGUUUCUUGCGAGUCUUCCAUUGCGCAGUCGCAGUGACUUUGUGUCCCGCUCGGUGCGGUUGGGGACGCCUCGUUCACUCCUCUCUGCUCGGACGACGCGACCCCUGAGCGCAAGCCCCGCAGCGUCGCUGGUAGCAGCAGAGGAGCGCGCAGCGGCUCCUGGCAACGAUGCAAUUAAGGUCAUAACAGAUGCCAGUACUUCUUCGGACACGAAGACCCGCGCGCCGAGUCGCUUCGAGCGAAUGAGAGCCAAGUACGGUCUCAGUGACGUUUCUGAGCCCGAGGCAGCCCCGGCCUACAAGGAGCUCGACCAGGCUGUGCAAAAUCUGAGCUACAAAUAUGAGCUGAACAUGAUAGUGAAAGGACGAGUGGUGCACUUUGAGCCGCGCGGCGCCCUGAUCGACGUCGGCGCUAAAACUGCGGCGUAUCUGCCGCUGAGCGAAGUGGCCAUGGACCGAGUCAGCUCUCCCGAGGAGGUGCUGAAGAUUGGCGAGGAGCGCGACUUUCAGAUAAUCGCCACGGAGGACACCGAGGGUCAGUUGCGAGUAUCCAUCAAACGGAUUGAGUUUACGCGCACCUGGGAGAAGCUGCAGCAGGCGCUCGCCAACGACGAAGUUGUCCAGUGCGAGGUUGUUGCGGUGAACCGCGGCGGUGCCAGCGUCCGUAUCGACUGUCUGCGCGGCUUUCUGCCGGCAUCGCAUAUCGUGCUGGUACCAGGGUUCAUUCCGGGCCUGCCGUCAGACCCGCGUUUGGAGGAUCUCAUGGGUAAGGAGCUGCCCGUUAAGCUGUUGGAAGUGGAUCCCGAGAAGAGCCGUUUGGUCGUCUCACACCGGAGGGCGCUCGCUGAGAAAAGCCUCAAGAAUGUCGAAACCGGGACCAUACUCGAGGGCACCGUACGCGGAAUCAAGCCCUAUGGUGUCUUUAUCGAGUCGGGCGGUGUGUCGGGCUUGUUGCAUAUUAGCCAAAUCUCCCACGAGCACGUCGAAGAUCUGACUAGUGUGUUUACGCUCGGCGACAAAGUGAAAGCGCUUGUAGUCUCGCAAGAUCGCGAGAAAGGGCGUGUUUCGCUAUCGACAAAAGUUCUGGAGCCAGAGCCUGGCGAUAUGCUGCGCUCGCCCCAAACAGUCUUCGAGCGUGCAGAGGAGAUGGCGGCACGGUAUCGCGAGCGGAUCGCCGAGGAAGAACGCGCCCGAGCGGAGUAUGCAAGCGAUAUUGUCGCAGGACUAGACGUUGCUUCUUUGGGCGUUGAUGCGGAGGUGAAUGGCGACGCAGGAGCGGGAGCGCAACGAGAGCAUCCACGUCCAGAUCAGGAAGAAUCCUCUCCGGCAUCUUCCUAA